GAUCUACUUCACGACGGGUUUUGGUCAUUUUGGCAAGGCGACAAAGGAAUGUGAUGUCGUGAUUGUAUUAAUGCUGACGAACUUCACUCUCAUAUAACUUUGACAAAAUAGAAGCGUGCGAGCAAUAAUUAACGUGACGAAGAGCCGUAUCAAACAAGCAGGGAUAAUAACGCCAGUUGUUAAAAUAUACAUUUGCGUCAUAAACUUAUUGUAAAGAUGGAGAUUAUUAAAGUGGAGAUUGUGGACAUGGUCGAUCCAGAAACAUUCGGAGUGAAAAGUGAAGAUACUGAAGAACAAAGAGAGCUGGUGGAAGUGAAAGAGGAGAGUCAAGAACUGAAUGAAGUGGAGGAGGAACCUCAUAAUUCCUCAACUGGAGAGAAAUCUUUUUUUUUCUCAACUCAAAGAAGAGGGAACAAAGAUAUUUUCUCCUGCACUGAGUGUGGAAAAACGUUCACGCAAAAAGGAAAUCUUCAGAGGCACCUCAUAAGUCACACUGGAGAAAAGCCUUUCAUGUGUCCUCACUGUGGCAAGAGUUUCACACAAAAAGAUCAUCUGAAGAUUCACAUUCGAAUUCACACUGGAGAGAAGCCGUUCACAUGCCAUCAGUGCGGGAAGAGUUUCACACAUCAAGGAAACCUUAAGAGUCACAUGAAAACACAUUCGGGAGAAAAAUUACACCAGUGUUCUGAGUGUGGCAAGAGCUUCACACAAAAAGAUCAUCUGAAGAUUCACACGAGAACUCACACCGGAGAGAGACCUUACACGUGCCAUCAGUGUGGGAAGAGCUUCACACAUCAAGGAAACCUAUCAAGUCAUAUGAAAACUCAUUCGGUAGAACAAAUACACACGUGUUCUGAGUGUGGCAAGAGUUUCGCUGAUGCAACGUAUCUCAAAAAACACCUGAAAAUUCAUUCAAAUGAGAGGCCCCACGUGUGUUCUUUGUGUGGCAAAAGUUAUUCGUGGCUCAGAAGUUUAAAAGAGCACCAGAAAACACAUACUGGUGAGAAGCCUUACAAGUGUACACUUUGUGGUAAGAGAUUUGCUCAUUUAGGAACACUGAAAACGCAUGAGAGAGUUCACACCGGAGAGAAGCCGUACCCCUGCCUUUCAUGUGAGAAGAGAUUCACCACAUCGAGUGCUGUAGUGGUUCAUCAAAACCUGCAUUGUCCAAAGAGCAGGGAUUUCAAUAGUGGAUCUCAACUCUAGUAAUAAUAUUGAUUCCUGCUUUGAUGGCAUCGCAAAAUGCUUCAGCUUACAGCUUGAUUGGUUUAUAACAACCUUUAUUGCUCCACAACCAUUAGUGGUCAAGUGUGUACAAAUGUACCUGUAAUUCACCCUUCACACCACCAGAGGGAGUCCUCCUCACGAUUCGAUAACUGAACUGUGCCACAUCCAGAUCUAGUGUUCUCAACUGUUCCUAAUUUCCUAUUUGUCUGUUAUAAGUAAAUCCUUUGUUUGUCUUUGAAAGUUGUUUCCAGUUAUUACUGCAUUUCUUGACAUUCUCACCACAACUAUUUUUGGAUGUCCGUUUUCUUUUUUAAAUUUAUUUUGUAUGAUCUAUCCCACCCUACUGUUCUCGACAGUUUGGAUUGAACUUCCAUUGUGAUAAACUGACACAUGGUUGCAUGCGAAAACUUAAAAUAUCUCUUUUGAGGUAAACUGUGGGAUAAAUAUAGUAUCGAAAUUAUUCACAAAUGCGUAAACACUUAUCCAUUAAUCCGAUAAAUGUCAUACAUGCAUCUUACUAUUCACACACAAAUGCCUUUCGACUUGUUGAAAUACAAAUGUUCCCUUUUGGAUAAAUGUAACGCAAUUUAAUCAAAUGAAGACGUUCCAAAUUAAACACAAAACGGUCUCAAGUAUCAAAUGUGCAUUUGUGGAUCAAGUGGCACUUGAAGUCUUUUUGUUUGUUUUAUGUUUGAGACCUUUCUGUUGGUUUUGCCUUGUACAAUCAACAUGUAAUUUUGUGUAAUAAAAGCACCUACCACUAGAUGACGGUUUUC